AUGGCGCUGCGGCGCCUCCUGCUGCUGCUGCUGCUCUCCCUGGAGUCCCUGGACCUGCUGCCCGGCGCUGACACCGCCCGCGGCCGCACCGCCAACCGGACCCUGAGCGCGGGCGCCGCUGCCGUCGGGGGUCGGCGUCCCGGGAGCGCCCUGGCCCGAGGCGGCCGCGAGCUGAACGGUACCUCCCGGGCACCCGGCGUCCCAGAGGCGGGGAGCCCGGGACAGUCCGCGGUGGCGGCCGCAGCGGCGGCCAGUGCGACUGUCACCUAUGAGACAUGCUGGGGCUACUACGACGUGAGCGGCCAGUACGACAAGGAGUUCGAGUGUAACAACAGCGAGAGCGGCUACCUGUACUGCUGCGGCACCUGCUACUACCGCUUCUGCUGCAAGAAGCGUCACGAGAAGCUGGACCAGCGCCAGUGCACCAACUACCAGAGCCCCGUGUGGGUACAGACGCCCAGCACCAAGGUGGUGUCGCCGGGGCCCGAGAACAAGUACGACCCGGAGAAAGACAAGACCAACUUCACCGUGUACAUCACCUGCGGGGUGAUUGCCUUUGUCAUCGUGGCUGGUGUCUUCGCCAAGGUCUCCUAUGACAAGGCCCAUCGCCCUCCCCGGGAGAUGAACAUCCACAGGGCUCUGGCUGACAUCUUAAGACAACAGGGACCAAUCCCCAUAGCGCACUGUGAAAGAGAAACGAUCUCGGCUAUCGAUACCUCUCCCAAAGAGAACACACCAGUCAGAUCGACCUCCAAAAACCACUAUACCCCUGUGCGUACGGCUAAGCAGACUCCAGGGCAUUAUGGGAAGGAUGCUUACCGAAGUGGAGGACCAGAUCUCCAUAACUUCAUCUCAUCUGGAUUUGUCACAUUAGGAAGAGGACACACGAAGGGUGAUCAUCAGUAUAAUCAUCCGAUUUUAAGCAGUGCUACCCAGACCCCUACACACGAAAAGCCACGGAUGAACAACAUCCUGACAUCGGCCACCGAGCCCUAUGACCUCUCCUUCUCCCGCUCUUUCCAGAACUUGGCCCACUUGCCCCCAUCAUAUGAGUCUGCAGUGAAGACCAACCCAAGCAAGUAUUCAUCUCUGAAGAGACUAACUGACAAGGAGGCUGAUGAGUAUUAUAUGAGGCGCAGGCACUUGCCAGACCUGGCCGCCCGCGGAACUCUGCCCCUCAAUGUCAUCCAGAUGUCACAACAGAAGCCCCGUGAACGACCCCGCCGGCCCAUCCGGGCCAUGUCCCAGGACAGGGUCCUAUCUCCACAAAGGCGCCUGCCAGAUGAGUUUAGCAUGCCCUAUGACCGCAUCCUAUCCGAUGAGCAGCUGCUCUCCACAGAGCGCCUGCACUCCCAGGACCCGCUCCUCUCCCCAGAGCGGACGGCCUUCCCCGAGCAGACGCUGUCGCGGGCCAUCUCACACACGGACGUCUUUGUGUCCACACCCGUGCUGGACCGCUACCGCAUGACCAAGAUGCACUCCCAUCCCAGUGCCUCCAAUAACUCCUAUGCCACCCUAGGCCAGAGCCAGACGGCGGCCAAGCGCCAUGCCUUUGCCUCGCGCAGACACAACACAGUGGAGCAGCUGCACUACAUCCCGGGUCACCACACCUGCUACACAGCCAGCAAGACCGAAGUGACUGUGUGAUCAGCGGGCAAGGCAGGGCUGGGCUGCAGGACAGGGUGGGGCGGGGCAAGGCAGGCGUCAGGAGCAGAGAUUCUACCUUUGCUCUUCUCCUUCGCCAGUCCUCUCCAUUGGAACUGGGAAUGGGCUGACCAUGGUCCAGAAAGCCAUAUACUCGGGGGCAGACCCAGCCCUGAUGGCCUGGUCCAACACAUUGCAGACCCAGGAUCUAGAAUAAUUGCUGUUUCUCUUUCAAUAGAGUCCUUGGGAAGUGGAGAGGGGAGGCCCCUGUCUCUUCCCACCCACUGCCUGCACCAACUCCCUUCAGUCCUCUCCCCUCUCCCCCUCCUGGGGACUCAGUUGCAGGUUCUGUCAGCCAAAAGACCCUCAUCUGACCCUGAUCUGAAGCUGCCUGGUUUGAACAGCCAGCAGGCCAGUCAGUGGGCUGACCAAAUAGACUACUCAGUCUCAUUUAUUUACCUAGAACCGCAUCACAGAAAUCUUCUAGUGCCUAAAAACUGCCUGCUCGCUCUCAGCCAGAGAGCUGCUGUGUCCAUAAGCACAAUAACGAUUCUCUUCUGCCUGCUGG